CUUUUGAGUCAUCAAAGCAGUGUUAUCCGCAUUUAACCAUCUCUAACUAGCAACCACUUAGUAUUGAACUAGUUUGGCUAAGAAGAAGAAGAAAGAAUGGAGAGAAAUUGGUUGUUGUCUUAUUUGGCAAUUCUCAUAGUUAUGGCUGCUGCUUCUACUUCCAUUUCUGAUAGUGACUCCGUUUCUCUCGCUUCUACAACCCGCCAUCUGCUUCAGGCAAAGAAAGCUUGUCCUAUUAAGUUUGAAUUCCUGAAUUAUACGAUCAUAACGAGCGAAUGCAAAGGGCCCAAAUACCCAGCAAAUCGCUGUUGUGCAGCGUUCAAGAAAUUCGCAUGCCCUUAUGCAAAACAGAUCAAUGAUUUGACAACCGAUUGUGCUUCCACCAUGUUCAGCUACAUCAACCUUUACGGCAAAUAUCCGCCUGGUCUGUUCGCUGCGGAGUGCCGAGAAGGGAAGCAAGGUCUCAAAUGCCCUAAAUCUGCCCCCACCCGCUAAAUAACUCCACUUAUUUAUUGGCGCUACCUAUCUAAGAUAAUAAGACCUUGUAGUGCUUGGACUCCCAGUAUUACUAAAACAAUGGGCAGAGUCAUCAACCUGGCUCCUGCUGAAUGUUAAUAUUAAAUCUUAAGUCGGAUCUUUGGAUA